AAUGUUUUGCAGGUCAUCAAUCAAGUUGUCAAGAACUUUCAAAAUGUGUGAAGCAAAACACAUCCCACUGUGACACUUUCUGUAUGUUGAAAGUUCUAUAUCUUCAGUAAAUUAUUAUUUUUUUGCAAUUCGAUCACUUUACAACUUCAUUUUCAUUACCUAAAAAAAUCAAAUCAAAUCAAAUCUCCUUCUAGCACAAUACCAGUGUCUACAUAUGUGAAAACAGCACAUUUCUACGUUUUGCAGAAGAAAAAAUUAAGUAAAACAUCUCUAUUGAUGACAUCAUCAAAAGUUGAAACAUUUUCCAAACCUCGUUUUAGGUUUUGAAAAUCGCAGUUUUUCUUACUUUUAAUCCCACGCUGUGAUGUCACAUAGAAGCAUUUUUUGGGGACUUUUCCUUUCUUUUUAAUCACAGAUCAUAGAGAAUAUCAUUCACGAUUGACAGCGAUGAUGGCAUAUUUUGAAAGUAGGUAGGCCAAAUUUUGUGUUUGAGGGUAUAAAAAUACAAACAUUUCUUCAAGUCAAUGUGUGUAAGAAAUUAUGACACCAUUUAUUUAUUAUUUUUUGUGCACUGGCAACAACAAAAAAACUGUCACUAAACCACUGUUUAAAGAGAGUACCAAGUAGAACAUAAUUAUAUACAGUCUCCAAUCUUUAUAUAAUUUUUUAAAAGGCCGACAGGAUUUCAGUUCUCCCGGUCUCUGGCCCACACUCCAGUACAGUAGGUGGCGGUAAUGCAUCAUUACACUUUGACUGCCACCCGCAGAUAAACCCCGAAGAAGUAGAAGGAGCUUGUCAGCCAGCCCCGUAGCUUGCUAGCCAACAUAGCCGGAACAUUGUAGCUCUUUAGACGGUUUCGGUGAAUGGGAAGUUGCUGUGUUUGAAACACACGUCUGUCGUAUCUACUAGUUACCCCGUUUAAUUGCAUAUUUACGUUGUUAGUCAUCUAGCUGGCUGGUUAAGUUAGCACUAGGCUAGUUGUUUAUGCUAACUAACUAGCUAGCUAACAUCCCCGACCAUGAGCUCACUAAACUACUCCCCCACUGCCAAAGAACAGGUCUGCUGGACGGAGAAAGAGGGUCUGUGGCUUAAUAUUGUCGUGAAAGAAGAGGAGGAAGAGGAGGACGUCACAGUGAAAGGAGAUACAGAAGCGUUCAGAGUGAAAGAGGGGGAUGUCGUUUUUGGAGUGAAGGAGCAGGGGGAGGUUACUGUCACAUUGGAAAAUGAGGAAGACAAAACUGGAGAUCUGAUGAACGCCGGAGAGAGGCCAGACUUUCCCUCUGACAGUGGGAAGAGUCCCUCAGGGGAACCAGACCCAGAGACACCCAAACCAGUGAGACCACACCACUGCUCCCACUGCGGAAAGAGUUUUACCUGGUUAUCAAAGCUGAAAGAGCACGAGAGAACACACACUGGAGAAAAGCCUUACCAAUGUGCCAUUUGUGGAAAGACUUUUACCCAGUUAGGGGGCUUUCAAUAUCAUGAGCGGACACACAGACAAAAAAAUACCUACCACUGCUCUCAGAAUGGAAAAACAUUUACCCAGUUAGGGAACCUGAAAAAGAAUGAGAGAAUACACACACAGGGAGAGAAGACAAACCACUGUUCCCAGUGCGGAAAGAGUUUUAAAUGGUUAUCAAAGCUGAAAGAGCACGAGAGGACUCACACAGGAGAAAAACCUUUCCAAUGCUCCCAUUGUGAAAAGAAAUUUAACCAGUCAUCGCAUCUGAAAGAGCAUGAGAGAAUACACUCUGGAGAGAAGCCUUUCCAAUGUUCUCAGUGUGGAAAGGGUUUUACCUGGUUAUGGAACCUGAAAACACACGAGAGGACACACACAGGAGAAAAGCCGUACGAAUGCUCCCUGUGUGGAAAGACUUUUACCCAGUUAGGGGGGUUUAAAUAUCACGAGAGAACACACACAGAAAAAAAGACCUACCACUGCUCUCUGUGUGAAAAGACAUUUACCCGGUUAGGGAACCUAAAAAAGCAUGAGACGAUACACACACAGGAAGAGAAGGCUCCCAGUGCAGAAAGACUUUUAGUCAGUUAGGGAACCUGAAAGAGUAUGAAAUAACACAUACAGUGGGGGGGGAAAGUAUUUGAUCCCCUGCUGAUUUUGUACGUUUGCCCACUUACAAAGAAAUUAUCAGUCUAUAAUUUUAAUAGUAGGUUUAUUUGAACAGUGAGA